UUUCUUAAGUAAUUAAAUUCGUACCAGGAAAAUAAUGUCUAGUAUCUUUGUGAAUAUACACAGAUUAUUUUGCCCACAAAAUUUUUUGAAUUGACAAUGAUAAACAAUUAUUUGGUGGACUGAACUGGGAAAAGUCUGCUGUUUGUUUUAUUGCGUCAUGUACUUCUAAAGAGCCGUCUUGUGGGCUUUAUCUAUAAUAGUUGUUUUUAAAUGAAUACGACCUCGUCCAUUUUAAUGUUUAGAAUGAACGCUAGAAUAUACGAACACUUCAUUAUAGAAAACAUGCCGCGUUCAUUCGAUAUGGAAGUCACACGCGGUGGCACACAACGGACACAUACUCUGGACAUCUAUAAGAGAACGAGUGGAAACGAGUUGCAGACUUUUGUAAUUUGUGUUCUGAUGGCCUAGACAUUUUUGCGUUAGCAUAUGAGAUGGAGAAGAUUGGCUUUGUCGAUACUGAUGUGCGUCCGCAAGGUGUCAGGUUGUAUGUGACCUUCAAACAGUUUGUUGAGAAUCGAAACAACACUGCAUGCAAUGUUACAGAAGAUGCAAGUACAGUGACGUACCAAAAAUGCGACAUUCGCGGGAAACCUGAUAAAAAAUUGAAGUCUGGGAGCGAGGGAAGCUAUUACCACAGGUGGAUAAAAGCAACAAUAUCUGGACUAUAGUAGAUACGAAAAGCGACAGAGAUGGCAUCUGAUAAAGAAGAAGAACACUAUGACGUUUUUAUUGUGCACAGUUCAGAGGAUAAUGAGGUAGCUGAAAAAAUAGACCAGGGGUUAACAGAUAAAGGCCUUAAAACAUUUGCUCAUUACAAAGACGGUACAUUUCAAGUCGGGCGGCGAGUAUUCGAUAAUGUUUUAUUCGCCGUAUCACGGUCCGAUAUCGUGCUUAUUUUAUUAACUCAGGACGCUUUGUCAUCACAUUGGGUAACGUUUGAAGUUUUGAUGGGCCUUGAAAAGUCACAUCGUGAAAAUGCAAUGUGUGUUCGUCUGGUGUUUCAAGGUGUCUCAGAGGCAGAAAGGCUUGGGUUUAAAACCGGUACGCUUGAACUUAUACCUGAUAUUGUCGUAGACUUCAGCGAAGACUCAUGGAAGGAUGACCUUGCAUCGAAAAUAAAAGAAAAAGUGACUAUGCGAGACAUACUACCUGCCGGGAAUGUUGCUCAUGGUCUUGUCUUUAACUACUAUUUUGGUUACCUGGCUUAUGUUCUUCCAGCUACAAAGGAGGAGAUCAAAAAUAGUGAAUACUACUCGGUGGAAGCAAAUAACUUUUCACAGAAAUUUGUAAUCAUCAUACCAGCUUCUUGUAAACCAAAACCAAUAGAAGGAGAAUUUGGUGAAUUUCUGAUAGAGAAAAUGCCAAAACCUCUAGAAAUGGAUUUUACACAUGGAGAUAAGAAGAGAAAGUACAACCCAACAGUUUACAAAAUCACAAAUACACAGACGACAGAGUCAUUUUUCUUUUUGGCCGAUAUUCCUUUCAUAUUGGCAACCAUGUCAAAAAUGAAAGAGUUGGGAUUUGCGGACAUAGACCUCCGUUUUCAAGUGCCUCGAUUCCGGAUGACUCUAAGAGAACUCGUAGACCAUCGCAAUAACCCAAACUGUAAAAAUACCUCAGUCAUAAUACCAUUCGAAGAUAAUGAUGCCAAAGCAUCACCCGCAAAAGACAUCUGGAAUGCGUUACAAGAGGAGUUCUCUGAUCAAAAAGAGACGGCAUCACAAUCGAAUGUUGGGAGCAGUGAAGAGGAACUUAAAGAUGGCACGGCACCGCUAUCGAAUGUUGUGAGCAGUGAAGGGGAAAUUAAAGAUGGGGAUCAACACGUUACCGCUACAGUAACAUACAAAAGCGACGUGGACGCGGAUAGAUCUUUGGCCGAGGAAAUAAUGAAUUUCUUGAAGAAGAAGAAUGUAAAGUUUUCAAAUGGAGAUGCAAAAAUGCACUUCAAAGACUUGGGUCCUUCUCGAUGGAAUAUAUUCGUUGUAUCCGAAUCUGCAGUGAAAGACGUCACUAUGGCAAUGCAGUUUGAAGCAGCAUUAGCUAAAAGUAUUACAGAAAAUCAAGUCCAGGUCAUUCCAGUUUUAGAACAGGAUUCCGAUAUUAAUGAAAUUCCACAUCAUUUCGCAUGCACGACGCUCCUUAAGAAAGAAGAUCCAGCUUAUUUAGAGAAACUCUGGAAAACGCUGCAAGCGGGAGACACAAAGAUGGUUGAAUUGCUUCCUGCAGGUGUCGUCUAUGAAGGAUUAGCAUACUCUUACCUUAUGAACUAUUUGCCAUUCAAUCUCACAGGAAAGACAGAAAACGGCAGAGAUUUCAAAGAUAGGUUCGAUGAUGGUAUAAAGAAAUACAACGGUGGUUGCAAAUGUGUGUACAAGCUUUUUGUCAUUGUACCGGCCUCCUGUUCAUUUCCUGGGCCAGGAACAAUAUUCCCCAAUGAAGAACAUCUCGGUCCGCUGGAGCCAGUUGUUAUUGGAUUCAGAAAAUAUUUUCUACAGUUGUACAGGCUGACGCUGGACAAUGGAAAACAAGUGUGCUAUUCGCGGGAAUAUGCAACUCCGGCAAUCACAUUACAUGAAAUGACAGAACUUAAAUUCUCGGGAUUGAAUGACGUGGAGAUGAAAGACCAAGCGUGGAAGUUUGUUAAGCUUUCGAAGGAAAUUCUAGAGAACCCAUUAUUUAAUGAAAAGAUUGGUGGGAACGUUGGUGAUAAAUGUGAAAUAGUUUAUUUUGAUGACGAAAUGGGACAGAAGAAGGAGCAAGUAACAUCAGUUUUGGAGGAACGACUGAAGGAGUGUUUGAAAUAAAAUCAUUUUAAAAGUGAGAAAUAACGGAAUAAAAGUGACAUAUAUUAAUGACAAGAAUACGAAAAUCUGCAUGAACUUUAUGUACUUCUUGCUCAUCUGUGUCUAGCAGUAUAUAGAUUUGGUCUAUGUUUGUGCUUUAUUCAUCAAACAAUCAGCUUAAAACUACUGUAUUGGGGUAUUUCAACAAGAAGGUGAACGUUAUUGCUGAGAAGUUCUCUCGCUCGCGCAAUCUUACAUAUGUGCGUUCCCUUGCAAAAGGUAAACGUAUAUUAAAUGCCCAUAUAACAAGAAAGUGAACGUGUAUUACUGAGAAAUUCUCUCGCUCGCGCAAUCUUAUAUAUGCGCGUUCCCUUGCAAAAGGUAAACGUAUAUUAAAUGCCCAUAUAACAAGAAAGUGAACGUGUAUUACUGAGAAAUUCUCUCGCUCGCGCAAUCUUAUAUAUGCGCGUUCCCUUGCAAAAGGUAAACGUAUAUCAAAUGCCCAUAUAACAAGAAAGUGAACGUGUAUUACUGAGAAAUUCUCUCGCUCGCGCAAUCAUACAUAUGCGCGUUCCCUUGCAAAAAGUAAACGUAUAUUAAAUGCCCAUAUAACAAGAAAGUGAACGUGUAUUACUGAGAAAUUCUCUCACUCGCGCAAACUUACAUAUGCGCGUUCCCUUGCAAAAGUAAAACGCAUAUUUAAUGCCCAUAUAAAGCAUAAUUCAAAAGGAAACAACGUCAACAUGAUUAAACAUUCCCUAGUAUUUUAUGAACAUUUAAUGAGGCUUGUGGACUAUAUAUACUUUUUAUUAACGUUUUUUUAUGCUAGAAUAACGUUAAUACAAUCAUGGUUGUUUCAUGGUAUAAAUCAGAACACUGUAAUUACUUUGCUCACUAAAUGAAUACCCACAUAGUUUUAGAAAAGCACAUGAGCAAAAUGUUACAGAACCAGACCAUUUACCCCCAAGGACAUUUGCCCAGCUCCCAAAACCUAACAUCCAAAAUGAAAAACUAGACUGCUGGGUACAACCGCCACCAAAACCCUCAAAAUGUGUAGGACGUUUGUACCCAAACGUGCUUAUAUCUGAAAUGGACAUUUUCACCCAAAUACUUUUUAUUUUCUGGGACAUCAAUAUAUCAUUUCAUCUGUGGGAUGUACAGCUUGCCAUGUUUUCAAUAGGGUUAAAAUAUCUUGGAGGAAAAUGUUCUACAAUCAGCUAGUUUAUUAAGAAAACGCAAAAUACCUAUAAUUUUCUCUAGGAAAGUUUCUACUUUCUAGAACACCUUUUUUGCAAUGAAGAGGUAUUUCCACAAUGACACUGAGUUAAUUUGAAUAGUUAGAUAUUAAUGAGUUUUGUUUCAUAAUGUUAUGUAUUCAGAAAAUCGAAUUAAGACAUUUUUAGCUUUUCUAAAUUGACCGAUGCCAAUUAUAACAUUGAUUUCGCUUACUUUGUCUUACUAUGUAAUUUAUAAUUAAAAAUACAUUGAUAUCAUCCAUCAAAGUUACUGAAUUCAUUAGGUUGUUUAUUGUACCCCCCGACAACAAAGUUGUAAGUGGGGGGUGUAUACUGGUUUCAGGUUGUCUGUCUGUCUGUCUGGCCGUCUGGCCGUCUGUCCGUAGACGCAAUCUUGUGUGCACCAUCUCUCCUUAUCCCCUUGACAGAAUUUAAUGAAACUUCACACAAGUGAUCAGUACCAACAGCAGUUGUGCAUGGGGCAUGUUAGGUUCUUUUAGAAAAAAAAUUUGCAGAGUUAUGGGACUUUGUUUUUUUGUUACUAUACUAUAUACAUAGACACAAUCUUGUGUGCACCAUCUCUCCUCAUCCCCUUGACACAAUUUAAUGAAACUUCACACAAGUGAUCAGUAACAACAGUAGUUGUGCAUGGGGCAUGUUAGGUUCUUUCAGAAAAAAAAUUUGCAGAGUUAUGGGACUUUGUUUUUUUGUUACUAUACUAUAUACAUAGACACAAUCUUGUGCGCACCAUCUCUCCUCAUCCCCUUGACACAAUUUAAUGAAACUUCACACAAGUGAUCAGUAACAACAGUAGUUGUGCAUGGGGCAUGUUAGGUUCUUUCAGCGACAAAAAUUGCAGAGUUAUGGGACUUUGUUUCUUGUUAACAUACUAUGUACAUACAGUCUGCAUAUGCAAUUUUGUGCGUGCCUAAUCUACCAAACCCUUACACACAAUUUAAUGAAACUUCACACAAGUGAUCAGUACCAACCCUAGUUGUGCAUGCUGCAUGUUACAUUCUUUUAGAUAAAUAUUCUGCAUAAUUAUGGGACUUUGUUUUUUGUUACUAUACUGUAUACAUACAGUCUAUAUACAUACAGUCCACAUAAUUAUGCAAUCUUGUGUGCGUCAAAUUGCAAUGUACUGUGUCAGUGCAUGCGGGGGGUACAUUCAUCACCUUUAGUGAUAGCUCUAGUUUUCAUCAUAUUUUGAAAAAAAAAUCAGUGCUCACAAUCGCAACAUAUCAUUUUUUGUGUUUAGUGCAUUGUUUUGUUUUGAGUUUUAAUAUAUUGUACAUUAUAUGCAUAGGGAUUGGACAAAACGUUGUAUUGCAAACGUUGAUGAAUUAACGCCAACUCUGUUCGAAAUUAUGACUUACAGAUUCGGUCCUAUUCAAUAUUUAGGGAGAUACAUUUUUCAAAAGCCAACUAAAGAAAGUAUGUUAGUUGGAUUUAGCUGGCGAAGAAAGCAGGGUAAAAAUCUUUCGAAAGAUCGGUUUGUUUUCUUGCUUUCAACAAAAUCCUGUGGCGAUACCAUCUUGUCAUCGUGCAGAAACAAUUUUCAAUAUGGACUUGCUACGAAGGACUAAGAAAUACUGAUUUCGGAGUUGGAUUGUGCAAAUUUAAAAAGUAACAAUAGGUUGUGAAAUUGUGUAACACGCCAUAGUUAAGACAUGAAAAACUUAGAGGAAAAUGCUUCAUAAACGAGAAACAGAUCUUUUUUUGCGAAAAAAACAACAACAACAACAAAACCCCCUGUAAACAAGACAUAAAAAAUCUGAAUGGUAGAAAGUAAUAAACCGUCUAUGUUGGAUAUGGUGUAUUUCAUUUUAUGUUUACUUGUACAUAACAAAAAAUAUACCGAACGUUUUGAAUUUGAAUAAAACAAGAAAGAAAUGACA